AUUAUUAUUAUGUUUUUAACCCAGCUGACCGUAGAACACUCAGGUAACAUUCUCAGCUUUCCGGGAAGCAGACAGUGCAAGCUGCGGAUUACACUGUGGAUUUCACGCACUCAAAAAACACAAACAAACGGACCGGAUCUAUUCGUUAUUGAGGACGGAUUACACGCGCUCAGUCACAACCGACAAAGGGACAAGAUUAUUUUGUUGUUCACUUCUGCUGACAGUGGAGAUGGGAGAAGCCAGGAUGUGUGAGGUGGACAGCCCGCGGCAGUUUUCGCGCCGUCACCUGAUCUCAUGAGAACACUGGAACUUGUUCUUUUUUAACACGAAGACUUUCGUCUUAUAUUCCUCCAUGCUGUGUCUUCCUUCCUUCCGGCCGCCAUGUUGAAUAGAUCGGUGUCGGUGAGCACGAACGGCGAUGACGUCACGUCGCUCAAGUCUACGGUGUCGUCAUCAUCUGCCCCGGCGGCUACUGGUCCGGACGUGAGGCCUGAGCACCAUGGCUCGUCCGUCUCUGUGGUGUCCGGACCUAUAGCCACCGCCACCAAGGUCAUCCGGGGUCAUGGAAUGUUCUCGCCCAAUGGUCGGCGGCACUCCAAGGGUUAUAGGGACGGUGUGGGCACCAAGUUGUCUAUACAAGACAUCCGACAACAGCUGAACGACCAGCUGAAAUGUCUGGAGACCAAGCUGGACACGGAGGUGUCGAUAGUGGCCGAGCUACAGGAGUUCUUCAGACGCCGCGCCGACGUGGAGCUAGAGUAUGCCCGGAACCUGGACAAACUGGUCAAACAGAUGAUUGCUCGACACAAGGCCGAGAAACCCAAACAGGAGCAGUGGGCCAUCCUGUCGACGUACGCGUGCUGGAAGCACCUGCUGGGCAUCACGCGCAAACAGAGCCAGGACCACGAGACCAUCGCCCAGAUCUUCAGCAACCAGAUGGUCAACCGGCUCGGAGAGGUCAUGGACAACUCGCAGAGGAUCUUCCGGAAGUGUCGAGAGAUUGGAGCAGAGUCACACGAGGACAUGAUGAAAGUUCUCAACGAACUACAGAGUAAGUUCCGGGAGUACACGCUAAGCUGUAACAGACUGGCUCGCCUACAGUCCAAACACAGCGCUAUACAGAAGGCUAUAGGGGAGAAUGAGUUGUCGGGGACAGCACGGCCGCCAGCCCCGCCCCCCAAACCCAAGAAACGUCGGAUCGGCCACACCCCGCGGGUGGGUCAGCCUAAACUGUUCGGUGGCAGCCUGGAGGAGUAUAUAGAGUGGCGGGCGUGCUGAAGCUGUACUUCCGAGAGCUACGAGAGCCACUGUUCCCUCUACAUCUGUUUGAUGCCCUGGUUGAGUGUACACGAGAGAAGGAGAUGUCGAAGCGAGUGGAGAGGAUCAAAGACCUCCUGUCUGGCGUGAACCGGGCCAUCUUUGUGGUCAUGAGAUACCUGUUUGCCUUCCUCAACCAGGAGGACACAAAGAGCCAGCACAGCCACGAGGAGGAGAAGAACCUGAUGACCACCAGCAUGACGCUCCCCUCUCGCCCGGCACGACAGACCAGCGACGACUCAGGCCUGGAGUCGUGCGACAAGUCCAUGUCCCAGCCCAACGUGGCGAUCCGCGAGACUGACAUCCUGGGAGUGGACGCGGAGUUGUCUCCCCCGCCCACCCCCCGCAGCAGCACGGCAUCGUCGGGGGUCGGGGGCGAGUCGCCUGUACUACCCCCCGGCCGCGGGGAGUCGGGGAGUCUAGCCGGGAAGUCUUCUGUUAGCGGAGGAGGAGGGAGGAAGGAGUACGCCAAAGACGCGUCGGUGCUCCGAGUCCACAACACAACGACCACUUCCUCCACGGACCUGAGCCCCAUCCUUGAGGGCACGGAGAAGGAGAGGAAGGAAGUGCAGAAGAAGCCGUCACCCGCCGCCUCGCCUUCGUCUACCUUGAAGUCGGCCGUUUUGUCGGCCUCCCUCAUGUCCACCUCUCUGGUCAGCGCGGCCUCGAAGGCUCCAGUCAAGAAAGAGAACCGCGACAUUAUGUCCAUCAAAAGUCUGGACGGGGGCGGCGGAGGGCCGGGCGGUAGCGGCGGGAAAGGGGAGCUAAGCACGUCGGUGACCAGCGUGACCUCCCCUGACUCGACCUCUGAUGACCUCAGCGUGGACAUUGACACCGCGCUGGAGGAGGUCAUGGCCGGCCUCAAGUCUCUGGAGAUGCAGCAGAAACAGGACAAGCGCAUGUCGCUGCCGGCCGUCAAGGUCAAGCAGACACCGAAACACACGCCCGACCUUGUCCUUGACCUCCCCGACGGGAACGGCAGCAACUCGUCGACCGACUCUGCCGAGCCCGACAGCCCGACCAUCAGCGCAGCCGAGACUUUCGCCCAGUCCAACCAGGGCACGCUGAAGAAAGCCAGCGGAGGGGAGGGCGGGGAGCCGCACCGAGAGAUGGGGAUAGGCAGCAGCAGCAGCGUGAUUGUUGGUGGCGGCGGCAGCCAUCUUGCUCGCAGCAUGUCGCAGGAGACCAGCAGUCGCCUCAGUAUUUCCUCGGAGCCAGGAGAUCUGGCGAGGAACCGCGAUGGCCGCGAGAUCUUGACCUUUGGCCGGCCGGUGGGGUCAUUGAUGACGACGUCGCAGAGCCCUCUGUCCACCUUCGCCAUCUCCUCCCUCAAACGCACGCAGAGCGCCAUGCCCAGCCCGGGCCGCCCCAUCGACAAUCAGUCGCGAUCUCCCGCCGUCGGCGAUCUGAAGAGCUCACCUCGGUCGGCCGACGUCGGAUCGUCGUCGUCAUCCUCUCUGUCUCCGAUCUCCAUCACGGCGCACGUGCCGGCCCCCGCCCCCACCCCGCCCAUCUUCAUCCCACCCGUACCCAAGUCUCUGGCCUCGAGCGGUGCCCCCACCACCGCCCCCACCAUGGGGCCCGUACCCCCGCCUGUUGCUCAAAAGCCCAAACCCCCGAUGAAGGUGAAGCCGCCGGUCAUGAAAAAACCGACCCCGCCCCGCUCGGAAGUACAACCUCCGCCCUAGACAACCUUAGCCUUUCUUCAUCUCGCUACAUCUCUCGCACCUCGUGGCGGACGUCGGGAGUUUUCUCACCUUUCUCUCUCUCCGCUUCGAUGGGGGACAGAACGAAACAUGUCACACGUUUGUAUUUCUCUCUCGGCACUGAGAGGUGAGAGGUGGCAAAACUUGGGAUGGUUUGUCGGAGGAGACAAGAGAUAGGAGAAGGUCACUGCAGAACAAUCACACCGUCAAUGUUUCUGAACGCAAAAACUGUCAAAAUUUGGUGCUGGUUUAAAAUGAACGAUUUUUGGGUGGAUCCUGCCAGGGUUCCUGGUGGCACACCCGGACACUGGGAGGAAGGAAGGAAGGAAGGAGGGAAGGAAGGAAGGAAGGAGGAGGAGGAUUUUGUUUCUGAGUGUAUCGGACACAGGAAGAAAAAAAGAGGAAGGAAGAAAUGUGUUCUUGUAGCGAUACGCUGUUUGUUGUACCAAUGUCUCAAAAGUGCUGACUCACUCAGCCAGGUCUUUGGCCUCUGGGUCACGUGUCAAGGUCAAAGGUCAAGGACAUCUUUGGCCUCUGGGUCACGUGUCACGCUCAAAGGUCAAGGACUUUGUUGGAGGUAGGUCAGCGCGCUGUGCGAGUCUCAAAAGUUGAUCACAUCGGACGAGGAGGGGCCGUCCGCCGCACGACAAAUGAUGUUCUCAAAAACAUGUUCUCAACUGUACAGGUUUUUUUGUUUUGUUUUUCUGUCCUGGAAGAUCCCGAUGCUGAGACUUUUUUUGUGUCCACUCAGCGAUCUGAGUGGGAGGAUUUCUGUGGUGACUUUUGUGAGUGGACUCUGUGCUGUUACUACUACCUGCUGCAUUAGUCAGACUUCUGGCCAUAGUCUUCACUGUCUGUCUGUCUGUCUGUCUGUACUUGUGUGUGUGUGUGAGUACUGUAUGUGAGUGUAUUAUGUAUUUUGAUUAAUAGAGAGAAUGGACAAAUAAACUGUGUGUCUGUGUGUGUAUGUGAGGAAAGAGAGAGAGAGAGAGAGAGAGAGAGGCAGUAUCACAGAGACAGCAAUGUUUGAAAAAAUGAAAAAA